AUGCGCCCUAAGUCCUGGCUGACAAAGGUAGUGCUCAAUGAGGGAUACAGAGCGCGGGGACUAUCAGUUCCAGUCUCUCCUUGCGACUUUCAACGUACCACCAGUUUCGUGCCCGCCGCUGGGUUCAUCAGGACCGCUUUCCACGAUGUAGCCGGUCAUGAUUCUGCAACCGGUGUGGGCGGCCUCGACGCAUCCAUCGCUUUUGAACUCACCGGUGAACAUGGAAAGGACAACGCUGGUCCUUUUGCAAACAACAGCCUCACGUUCCUUGCCCGUUACUACUCCGUCCAAGCUUCCAUGGCUGACCUGAUGGCUCUUGGUCUUUAUACUUCUGUUCGCAGCUGUGGAGGACCCGACAUCGCGACCAGGACUGGGCGCAUAGAUGCUCAAGAAGCUGGACCGUUUGGCGUUCCCAAGCCUAACGAUACGCAACAAGGCUACAAGGAUACAUUUUCACGCAUCGGCUUCAAUCCACAAGAAAUGAUCAAGCUUGUAGCUUGUGGACACACUUUGGGAGGUGUACACCGUGAGCAAUUUCCGCAGAUUGCAACAAAGGAAAACAUGUCGCCCUUCGAUAGCACUGAGUCGAAAUUUGACAACAGGGUUGCAGUGGAGUAUGUUUCUAACACCACCAGAAAUCCUCUGGUCACAGGACCAAACGACUCCUUUAGAUCUGACAAAAUCAUUUUCACGAUUGACCACGACAAGACCAUCAAGCAGUUGACCGAUGCCCAGACCUUCCAGAAUGAGUGCAAAAUCAUAAUGCAGAAGAUGAUUGAUACUGUACCCGGAAGCGUCACGCUCUCGGAGCCUAUCCAAGUCUACGAUGUCAAGCCUGGAUCGCUAUCUUUGGCUCUGAGUGGCAAUGGCACCAUCGUAUUCAAUGGAGAGAUCCGCGUCCGCACAACCCAAGGUCAGGUCGCGAAUGUGUCACUGGUCUACAAGAACCGUGACGGCAUCAAAGGCAACAACACCAUAUCCACAGCUUUCGCCGGUACGGCCAACGGUCACGAUGACAGCUUCGUGUUUUACAGCUUCAGUGCCAGCCUGCCCGCCAAGUCUUCCAUCACGUCCUUCGACGUCAUUGUCACGGGAGCUGAUGGCUCGACCACGACCUACAACAACAAUGGCAAGAGCUUUCCCGUACAGGACAACAUUUUUGUGCAACUUCCAGACUGUAGCGUCAGCGCUACUACCCCGGCUGGCAAGGCGUCUGUCAAUAUUGUUGCGGCCGUGCGCGGCUCAGCAGCCUCGGUCACCCUGUCUGCCACUACGCACACCCAGCGCGAUGUACCCAUGCCACUUCUUUCCACCAACAAAGUCACGAUGACGAAAGGGUCAUCUGUUGGCGAGUACACCUACUAUGAAGGCACCUUUGAAGUCGCUUCGCAGCAACUUGCUACGGCCACCUUCGAUAUAUCAGCUGAGAUUGACGGGAAGACUGUCGAAGACAAAUUCCACCAUGUCGCUGGUUUCGGCGGCAGCACUGGCCCUGAUGGAGAUAACAAUGAUGGUGGUGAUGAUGGCGGCAACGGCAACAGUGGCGGCGGCAGCGACUGGAUCAACAUUCCUGACCGUGGUAACACCGACGCCCCCGGCUCUAGCUCUGGCGCGAUCCCAGAUAAGCCUUACACACCCUCUCGACCCUGUGGUGAGCUCGAGGGCUGCGAAACACUCCCUUGGGUCCAUGAUCUUCCCAUGCCCGGUCCAGACACGUUUGCCCCACCUGGAUCUCCUAAUGCCCCAGUCCACGGCAGCAGCUCUGGCUCCUAUGGUGGAACUGGCGGUGAUCGUUGGAAUGGCGGGAAAGGUGGCGGUGGCAAUGGCGGAAGUGGUGGCGGUCAUGGCGCUGACGAUGAUGGCCAAGGCGGGAAUGGUGGCAACGGUGGUAUUUCUGGUGGCGGACACGUGCCGGUCGCACCCACAUCUCCAGUUGGCCCCGUCGAGACUUCUGGAAGCUCGCCGCCGACCUCCCCUGUUACGCCAUACACAGGUGCUGCCUCCAAGAUUCGUGGGAUUUCGAGCUUUUUCAUCAGCAUUACUGGCCUAGCCAUCAUGACCGUGUGA